UCUUCAGCUGGAGCAAUCUGAUUGGAUCAAAUCUUAUCACAUAUUGUCCCCGCUCUUGUACCGCUGUAUCAAGAAAGAAACGCGUGAAGUCUUCCUAGUUCUACCCCCAGUCUUCCCUUUUGUUUUAUUCUUGUAGCCAUGGGUUUCAGGGCUCUCCAUCUUGUCCGGCCAUUCUUGGCUCUUCUUCCGGAAAUUGACUCUCCCGUCUACAAGGUUGAUUUCAAUGAAAGAAUCAUGUGGACUGUGGGAUCGCUCAUCAUCUUUAUGGUCAUGUCGCAAGUUCCCUUAUAUGGUAUUGUUUCGUCCGACUCGUCUGAUCCUCUGUACUGGAUGCGUGCUAUUUCGGCUUCCAACCGUGGUACGCUGAUGGAACUCGGUAUCAUCCCUAUUGUUACUUCGGGUAUGAUUUUGCAAUUGCUGUCGGGUGCCCGUAUCUUGCACGUCGAUUACAGUUUGAAGGAAGAUCGUGCUCUCUUUAGCGGUGCCCAAAAGUUGUUUGCGAUCGUGAUUGCCGUGAUUCAUGCUACAAUCACUGUGCUCAAUGGCUUGUACGGCAACCCCAAGGAGAUUGGCACCACCGUGUGCGUUUUGCUUGUCGGUCAGAUCGUUGCCGCUUCGUUCGUCACGAUGCUCUUGGACGAGAUUUUGCAAAAGGGAUAUGGAUUCGGCUCGGGUAUCAACCUGUUCACUGCUGUCAGCACUGCAGUGAACAUCUUUUGGAAGGUCCUGUCGCCCACGACUGUCGAUGUUGGCCGUGGUCCAGAGUCUGAAGGCGCUCUCAUUGCUCUUUUCCAAUUGCUUACCAAGCGCAGCGACAAGGCCCGCGCUCUGAUUGAUGCCUUCUACCGCCCCCAUCUGCCCAACGUCAUGGGUGUCUUGAGCUUGCUUGCCGUCUUUGCCGUCGUCGUUUAUCUCCAAGGCUUCCGCGUCGAAUUGUCGAUCAAGUCCAACCGCAUGCGUGGCCAGCGUGCCCAGUACCCCAUCCGUCUCUUGUACACCUCGAGCAUGCCCAUCAUGCUCUUCUCUACCAUGACCUCUAACAUCUUGAUGAUCUCGCACAUGCUGUACCAGCGCUUCGGUACCAACCCCGUAGUCCAACUCUUGGGUGUGUGGGAGCCCUUGGAAGGCUCGAACCAGCUUUUUGCCAAGAGCGGUAUCGUCUAUUAUCUCUCGCCUCCACGCUCCAUUCUUGAAGCUAUACUUGAUCCCGUGCAUACGCUUGUGUACGCUCUUAUCAUCAUUACCGUUUCGGCCUUGUUGUCUAAGACGUGGAUGGAGAUCUCGGGCUCUUCUGUGCGUGAUGUCGCUAACGAACUCAAGGAGCAACAAUUGGUUAUUGUCGGAUACCGUGAGUCGUCCAUGUACAAGGAAUUGAAGCGCGUCAUCCCCGUUGCUGCAUCGUUUGGCGGUGCCAUCUUGGGCGCCGUUUCGGUCGUUGCUGAUAUCUCUGGCGCUGUUGGAUCUGGCACAGGCAUUCUUUUGUGUGUCUGCAUUAUCUACCAGUACUUUGAAAUGAUUGUCAGAGAACAGAUGGAGAGUGGUGCCUCGUUGGACUCUAUGAUGUCGGGCAAGCUCCAGUAAACAUAUUUGGAGCUGGACGUGUGUAUUCGUGAUGUGUUUUUUUUCGGUGUAUUUAAAGAAAAACAAAAGCAAGUUUUUUUCCCUUUUGCCUUUCCUGUAUAAUAGAUAAUAUAAUCGUUUCCAUCAUUUUUAAUUUAAAGAAGC